UAAAACCAUACUGUCCCUCACUCUGUACUGUGAACAACAUAAGACAUGGGGAAAGGGUUCUACAUCAGCAAGGCUGUGGGGGUGGUAGCUAUUAUUCUGGGAGCAGCAGCUGUGGCCACCAUCAUUGCCUUAUCGGUCGUCUACGCUGAGGAGAAAUCAAAGAAUGAGGUGAAGCCCACUGAAGGCAAGCCAGAGCCAAGACCCACCACUACCGAAUCCACCACGGCCGCACCAUCAAAUGAACCAUGGGACAAAUACAGGCUACCAGAUAGCCUAAUACCUGAGUACUACAACAUAACUCUUUGGCCUCGACUUCAGCCAAACAAAGAUGGCAUUUUCAUCUUCACAGGCAACUCUUUUGUUGUCUUCAAAUGCUUGAAGGAGACUAACCUGAUCCUGAUACACUCCAAUAAGUUGAACUAUACAAAAUAUAAUGGACACCAUGCGACUCUUACUGGAAUCGAUAACUUAAACCCGCCGACAAUUGACACCACCUGGUUAAAACUGGAGACACAGUUUCUUGUGAUCCAGCUCAAUGGCAAUCUUAUUCCUGGAAAGUCUUACCGACUGGACACGGAAUUUGUAGGAGAGCUGGCUGAUGACCUUGGGGGUUUCUACAGGAGUGAAUAUUAUGAAGAUGACGUGAAGAAGGUUGUUGCUACAACACAGAUGCAGGCCGCAGAUGCCAGGAAGGCCUUCCCCUGCUUUGAUGAGCCAGCCAUGAAAGCCGUCUUCCACAUUACUCUGAUCCAUGACAUUGGGACAGUGGCCCUGUCAAACGGCAUGGAGACUGGCACAAAGGACAAAGUGAUAAAUGAAGCCUCUCUUCUUUUGACCACGUUUGAGCCCACGAAGAGGAUGUCAACGUACCUGCUGGCAUUUAUCGUCAGCGAUUUCACUAACAUUGCUCAGGAGGGCAAUGUUCUGAUCCGAAUCUGGGCCCGCAGGAAAGCAAUUGCCGAUGGACAUGGAGAAUAUGCCCUUAAUAUUACUGGCACUAUCCUUCAGUUCUUUGAGACUUAUUAUAAUGCUCCUUACCCUCUGUCCAAGUCUGACCAGAUUGCUCUGCCUGACUUCAAUGCUGGAGCGAUGGAGAACUGGGGGCUCAUUACCUACAGAGAGACAGGCCUUCUUUAUGAUCCCCUGGUUUCGUCUAACGGUAACAAGGAGAAGAUCGCUGCCAUCAUUUCUCAUGAGCUGGCUCACAUGUGGUUCGGAAACCUCGUGACAUUGAAGUGGUGGAAUGACUUGUGGCUGAAUGAAGGCUUUGCAUCUUACGUUGAGUAUCUUGGGGCAGACCAUGCUGAGCCCCUUUGGAAUAUUAAAGAUCUGAUUGUUCCGGGAGACAUGUACCGAGUAUUUGCCAUAGAUGCCCUCGCCUCCUCCCACCCUCUAUCAUCCAGGGAGGAUGAGAUCAACAAGCCAGAGCAGAUCAGUGAGCUGUUUGAUGCUAUCUCCUACAGCAAGGGUGCAUCAGUAUUGAGGAUGCUCUCUGAGUUCCUCACAGAGGAGGUCUUUUCCAAAGGGCUCAGUACAUACCUGAAUCAUUUUGCCUACAAUAACACUGUAUAUACAGACCUCUGGGACCAUCUUCAAACAGCUGUGGAGACCUCAGAAGUCGUAUUACCCAAUACAGUCCGUGACAUCAUGGACCGCUGGGUUCUCCAGAUGGGAUUCCCAGUGGUGACCAUAAACACGACCACAGGAACCGUCUCUCAGAAACAUUUCCUCUUGGAUCCUGAUUCUGUUGUCACCAGACCAUCUGAAUUCAAUUACCAGUGGUAUGUCCCCAUAAAAUGGACGAAGACGGGAAUAGAGCAGCCAGACACCUGGUUACUGAAGAAAGAAGAAAAUAAACCUGAAAUGUCAAUAAAUGAGAAUGACUGGUUGCUUGCGAACCUGAAUGUCACUGGGUACUACCGGGUCAACUACGACAACAAUAACUGGGAACGGCUCCUUGCCAAGCUCAUGCAGAACCACGCGGAGAUACCGGUUAUCAACAGGGGCCAAAUACUGGACGAUUCUUUCAACCUGGCUAGGGCAAAAAUUGUGAACACGACACUGGCUCUGAGAACAACAAAGUAUCUCUACAGGGAAAGAGAUUACAUACCAUGGCAGGUGGCCAUUAACAACCUAGAUUAUUUCAUCUUGAUGUUUGAUCGCACCGAAGUCUACGGGCCACUGCAGGCUUACCUCGGGAAGCAGAUCGGACCUCUGUGGGAUCAUUUCACUCAAAUCACUGAUAAUUGGACAAUGGUACCUGAAAAGCAUAUGGACCAGUACAAUGAGGUGAAUGCAAUAAAAAUUGCCUGCAGUACUGGUUUCAAGGACUGUAAGGACUUGGUUAAAGACUGGUACACACAGUGGAUGCAGAAUCCAAAUUACAACCCAAUUCAUCCCAACUUGAGGAGCACAGUGUACUGCCGUGCUAUUGCUGAAGGAGGAGUUGAGGAAUGGAACUUUGGCUGGAAAAUGUUCCAAAAUGCCUCCAUUGCAUCAGAAGCAGAGAAGCUGAGAGCUGCCUUAGCCUGCACCACGUUUCCCUGGCUGCUCAACAGGUAUCUGGAAUACACACUGGAUCCCAGUAAAAUUCGUAAACAGGAUGCUACCUCCACCAUCAUAUACAUCGCCAACAAUGUAGUGGGACAGCCUUUAGCCUGGGACUUUGUUCGAGCAAACUGGAAUUAUAUAUUUUCUCAGUAUGGUGGGGGGUCUUUCUCCUUUUCAGAUCUCAUCAACGGCGUGACCAAGAGGUUUUCAACAGAGUUUGAACUCGGACAGCUGGAACAAUUCAAGAAGGACAACGCGGGGACAGGACUAGGGUCAGGCACCCUGGCGGUGGAUCAGUCCAUUGAAAGGACGAAAGCCAAUAUGAAAUGGGUGGCAGAGAACAGAGACAGUGUUCUGCAGUGGUUCACUGCAGAAUCUGUGUGAAGACAGCGGCUUGAUGUGGUAUCAACAGUCUCCUGAAAUAUCAGCAAUUAUGGGCAGGACUAUGACCUUCAUCACGCAUCCCAUUAUUUAAUUUAUUGACCAGGACUUGCCUUUUUUUAGGUUUGGCUGAAUUUUUUAUCUUAUCUUUUGUCUAAUCCACAAAUCCAACAUAGGAGGAACUUUUGAAACCCCAAAAUAAAAGCGUACUGCAUCGAUGUUUAGUGAUCUGAAAUAGUUGUGUCAUCACUGCAGUAUUUUUGGCAUUUAUCGAUAGAGCUUAUUCUUUCCUGUUGAAUCUUAUAGAUACACAAAUUAAAUCUUUGAUUAAUAAAUGAUGGAUUUUGAUGAA